AUGGGCGGACAAAACCCUUCUCGAAAGAGCCACACGAAAUCGCGUAAGGGCUGCAAAACCUGCAAACGAAGACAUAUUCGAUGUGAUGAAACUUUUCCACAAUGCCGAAACUGCACCAAGCAUAAUGUCCGUUGUGAUUAUAUGGAUGCGCCGCCACCAUCAGACGAUAGUAAUUCAUUACCACCAUCUACACCUGUCUCUCCUGAAUACAUGUCGCAAGAUCUAUGGAGACGAUCCCAAGUUCCAAUGCUACGAAGCACAACUCACCUUUCACCGUAUGAUGCUCCAACAAUGAGGCCGAGAUCAUCGCAAGACAUGCGGCUCCUUCAUGAUAUUUCCCGAAUAGCCUCCCAUAUGCAGAUGGCAGACCCUGUUCUGUAUAGAGUUUGGGCGCGCGAAAUACCGCUUCUCAAGUUUUUGAGACUUGCUGUUCGUCACGAGUUCGUCAUGGAAGCGAUUUUAUCCUUGUCCGCAGCCCACCUGGCCUCGGUCUCUAGCACUACAGAGAGCCGACAGGUUUCAUUCCAGCAUGGAGGAAUAGCAAUGAAGGGUUUACAGGAUGAGCUGAGCAGAUUCUCUAGAUCAAACGCAGAUGCCUGCCUUGCCGCAUCUGUACUGCUUUCAUGGCAAGCCUCAGAUUGGAACGCCUGGAAAACGCUUAUGGAAGGAACUACUAUCAUAAUUCAAUCGAUGCAGUCCUGGAAACAUGAAAGCGAGUUCAGCGAGUUCAUUGCUAGCCUCGAAGACGCAAAUUCCGGAGAAACAUUUUCGACAAGACCAAGCCUAACGGAGCAACGACAGAUAGUUGCAAAUGCCCGAGCAUCACUCGAGUUUCUAGAAAUAGAAGCAGUUAAUAAACCUGUGGAGCAACAGGCUCUCAGCACGCUAUUCUCUUUCCUCAAUAAUUUGGAGACACAGCUGCCAAUGUCAAAUCACGAUCACGAGUACCAAAUGAUCCACCCUUUGGCAUCAUGGCUCUUUUUCCUGCCCUUGUCAUUCCUACGACGAGCGAAAUCCGACCCCAUGGUCAUGGUAUUCCUAGCAAACUUCUACGGACUGCUGUUAGCGAUUGAACCAUUGUUCCCAGCCGUCGACUCGGCAUACUUUGGCGCGUUAUGCCUUGGACCAAUUGAACAAAUUCACCGUCACAUUAGAUACCAAAGAAACCAUGCAGCUCUGUUGCACCCAUCGAUGCUUCUUUCGGACUACAACGUGGACUAUGGUCGGCAACUAAAUUGUCUACAGUUCCCGAUGGACCAAGUGCUCAGAUAUAGAAAUCGACACGGCUGGGUACCUAAACAUAUCGACGAGUUUGAUCUUGAGGCUAGCAGAUUAUAUGAUGCUCAGAUAGACUUCGAAAUUGUUAUGAACGAAACCGCUGCCCAGUGGUCGCCUUAUGACGAGUCGAGGACGUUUGAUCAAUUCAAACAGUAUCCCAACUACAAUACAACGCCAUCACCAGCACAUACUCCUGUACAGGCACCUUAUCAGAACAUGCAGUACCAGUAUCCAUUCGCCACUCGCCAGGGGAUGCAACCCAAGAGCCACAGUGAAAUGGACCCGUCGUUCGUGAGCCACUUCUCCCCUAUUACGUUUCAUUUGCUGGAAAUGAAUAUUAAGAUCGAUCUGGAUUCUAACUCUUCAGAAACAAUAUUAGGGCGAGUACGAGUUCUUCUGCAGCAAUGUACAACAACAACAUCAACAACCAAUGAUUUUGAAUUCAGCAAGCUCUGCUAG